AGUAAAAAAUUCAUCAACGGAAGCGAUUGGGAAUUGGGAUUGUCAUAGUGUGCAUAAGUGACGUUGUUACCAGUUAUUACUCCCAGUUGAAUGUAUUAAACCUGCCCAAAGGUGUUUCUCAUCAACUCAGAGCUCCAUUUUGUGUUCAACCACUGGUUCAAUGAUAUUCACGCCAUUCCCUUCAAUUCCCGAUUAUUAGAUUUAUUUAUUCCGAAUAAAAGCCUAAUUGUUUCCAAGCAGUCAGACACGUAUCGAUAACAAUGGAUCAAGAAGUAUUGACGACGUUAAAGCUUCUCAUGAUUGGAGAAUCCAAUGUUGGAAAGUCCAGUAUUUUGCUGAGAUUUACUGAGGAUGAGUUUUACGAGAAUAUGCAGAGCACUGUGGGGAUGGACUACAAGACUAAACAAAUAUCCCUUGAUGGAGAUACAGUGAAAUUAGCUAUUUGGGAUACCGCCGGCCAGGAACGUUUCCGAACACUGACCCCAAGCUACUAUCGCGAUGGCCAAGGUGCUAUAUUGGUCUACGAUGUGACCGACAGAAACACAUUUAUAAAACUAGAAACGUGGCUAGAAGAGCUGAACACAUACUGCAAUAAAAUUGAUAUAGUUAAAAUGGUAGUUGGAAAUAAAAUAGAUUUGCCAAACAGAGAGGUUUCGAUAGAGGAGGGUCUGACGUUUGCCAGGAGACAUCAAACAUUAUACAUCGAGAGUAGUGCGAAAACCGAUGAUGGAGUGAAGUGUUGCUUCGAAGAGCUUGUACAAAAGAUAAUUCAAACUCCCGGAUUAUGGGAGCGCACUCGUUCGAGAGGAUUGCACAGCCCUGGAGGUAAUGGACCAAGACAACGUCCAGGUAAACGAGGACUUCAGUUAACAGACGACUAUGUGCCCCAAGAUCCGGCGUCAAGCUGCUACUGCAGCUUGCUGUAGUCUACAAUAAUUCAAAGCCCUCACACAAUUAAUUUCUACCUAAUGCUACUAUUUAUUUCUUAUAUUGUACAUAAGUUACUACAAUUCUUACAAAAUUGAUUAGCAUUGUCGUCGCACUUUUUUCAUAAUAAAAGUUGGAACAGAUUUGUUAAUGAAGAA